AUGGAUCCAACAGGAUCUAUUAAUACUGACGCCUUAGAGAAUAUUGAGCAUGAGGACGACAUUUUUGACGACUCCGAAGAGAAGGAACUUGUAACUGACUCAUGUUCGACAAAGGUUUUAAAUUCUGUCGUAGAACCUCGCGAUAAAUUUCGCAUUGUUUAUGUACUGUUCUACCUCUUUGGAAUAACUUCUCUUGUGUCCUGGAAUUUUUUGAUCACCGCUAAUGAUUAUUGGAUGUACAAAUUCCGGGAAGUGAAUCCCAGUAACUUGACAAGGAUAGUACGAAAGACACAAUUCCAGGCCGAGUUUACUUCAUAUCUUAAUGUGGCUACUGCUAUUCCUAACUUGAUAUUUCUAAUUCUCAACUCCUUAUAUGGACACUUAGUGUCAACAAAGAGCAGACUUCAAGGGUCUCUAAUAGUGGUCACAGUAUGCUUUUUGAUCACUACUGCCAUGGUACAGGUGAACACGGAUGACUGGCAGAAUGGGUUUUUCAUUCUCACCAUUGUGUCUGUUGUUAUUAUGACUGCUGCCAGUGCCGUGUUUAUGGGAGGCCUUUUGGGAAUAGCCGGUCGAUUCUCGGACGAAUACAUGGGUGCGGUGAUAAGCGGCCAAUCUCUAGGCGGUAUCAUAGCAGCCGUAGCCCAAAUUAUAUCACUCGCCUUCAAAAUAUCGCCUUUACACAGUGCUUUGAUAUAUUUCAUCAUGGCUGACAUUUUGGUCAUCACCUCAAUGGUCUCUUACGCGUUCCUGUAUAAGAUUGACUUCUUUACUUACCAUAUCCUAAGAGGGGGCGGGGGUAUAGCCGCUAACAGACAUAGGGCCAUUUCAUUAACCGCUAUCAUUAAGAAAGUGUGGGUAUAUGCUUUUAGUUCGUUCGCUGUGUAUGCGAUAACUAUGGCUGUGUAUCCGGCUGUGACUGUACUUGUGGAAUCGCAUCCGACUACUGCAGGGACGGAUUGGAACAAUAUAUUCUUCGUGCCAGUGGUGAACUAUUUAAUAUUCAACUGCGGAGAUUAUGCGGGACGAUUAGUAGCUGGCUUCGUAUUACGACCAAAGAACCAGUGGAUAAUAGCAGGAGCCAGUAUCGUCCGCGUCAUAUUCGUCCCGAUGCUGAUGUUAUGCAACGCUCUGCCUCGCCAGCACCUCCCAGUCGUGUUCCUCUGGGACUGGGAGUAUAUCAUCAUCAUGAUAGUGUUCGCCUUCACCAACGGGUACCUCACCAACAUUGUAAUGAUCAACUCUACUAAACUCACGGAGCUCCACGAAUGCGAGACCGCCUCGUCUAUCAUCAUCACGAUGCUCAGCGUGGGAGUUGUCACCGGCGCGGCUGUCGGCAUGUUGCUCGUGCGUUUGCUGUAA